ACCAACACUUAUACAUUAACCAAUCUUCUUCCCAUUGCUUCUCAUAUAAGCAUAACAUACUCACAUUCUCUCUUUUUACUAAAACACCUCACCUACACUAACUGUCUCUCUAGCUAGCUGGUCUAGAGAUUGGCAAUGGUGGAAAACUAAAAGACACGAACUAAAGGCAAUCAAGAAGAACAAUAUGCGGUUGAAAGUUCAGUUUUUGGUCUUCUUCUACUGUUACAUUGUUUGUUCUUAUCUUGGUCUUGCCAAGCUUGUUCAAAAUACUGCCUUGAAUGAUGAAGCAUCGGCUUUACUGUCGAUAAAAGCUGGUCUCAUCGAUCCAUUAAAACGUAUUCAUGAUUGGAAGUUGCCGGACAAUGAAGCUGGAAAAUAUUCAGUUCAUUGUAACUGGACAGGAGUAUGGUGUAACUCCAACGGAGCUGUUGAAAAGCUGGAUCUCUCCCACAUGAAUGUUAGUGGCCGCAUAUCAGAUGACAUUCAAAGGCUACAAAGCCUUACUUCUCUCAACAUGUGCUGCAAUGGAUUCUCUUCAUCAUUGCCAAAAUCUAUAGCGACACUCACUUCACUGAAGAGCAUUGAUGUGAGCCAGAAUUUCCUUGUUGGUAGCUUCCCAGUUGGAUUCGGAGGAGCAGCUGGACUGACUUUUUUAAAUGCUUCAAGCAACAACUUUUCAGGAUUUAUUCCUGAGGAUCUUGGCAAUGCAACUUCACUGGAGACUUUAGAUCUCAGAGGAAGUUUCUUUGAAGGCUCAAUUCCUGUGUCCUUCAAGAACUUGCAAAAGUUGAAGUUUCUUGGCCUUUCUGGCAAUAAUCUCACUGGCCAGAUACCGAGAGAGCUUGGGCAACUUUCAUCCCUGGAGAGUAUAAUAAUUGGAUACAAUGAGUUUGAAGGAGAGAUACCACCGGAGUUUGGAAAUCUCACUAGCCUCAAGUAUCUUGAUUUGGCGGUUGGUAAUCUUGGUGGGGAGAUUCCAGCCGAAUUGGGGAGGCUUACGCUACUGGAAACAGUGUUCUUGUAUAAGAACAAUCUCAAAGGCAAGAUUCCAGCAUCAAUAGGCAACAUUACUUCAUUACAAUUGCUGGAUCUCUCUGACAAUAUGUUGUCAAAUGAAAUUCCAGAUGAGAUUUCUGAGCUGAAAAAUUUACAGCUCCUGAAUCUGAUGUGCAACCAGCUGUCUGGCCAAGUCCCUGCUGGACUCGGGGGGUUGACUCAAUUGGAGGUGCUUGAGCUGUGGAACAAUUCAUUUUCAGGUCCACUGCCUAUUGAUCUUGGCAAGAAUUCACCAUUGCAGUGGUUGGACGUAUCGUCCAAUUCAUUCUCUGGUGAGAUCCCAGCAAGUUCGUGCAAUGGAGGCAACCUCACCAAGCUCAUUCUUUUCAACAAUGCCUUCUCAGGUCCAAUCCCACCUAGCUUAUCAACUUGUCAAUCACUUGUUCGUGUUCGAAUGCAGAACAAUCAGAUUUCUGGUACAAUUCCCCUUGGGCUCGGCAAACUUGGGAAGCUUCAGAGGUUAGAGUUAGCAAAUAAUAGUCUCACUGGUCAAAUCCCAGAUGAUAUUUCUUCUUCAACUUCACUUUCUUUCAUUGAUUUAUCUAGAAAUCAACUCCGAUCUUCACUUCCUUCCACCAUUCUUUCCAUUCCAAAUCUGCAAACUUUUAUAGCCUCAAAUAAUAACUUAGUUGGAGAAAUCCCAGACCAGUUUCAGGACUGUCCUGCACUUUCUGUGCUUGAUCUCUCAUCAAACCAUUUUUCUGGUAGCAUUCCAACUAGUAUUGCUUCGUGCCAAAAAUUAGUAAACUUGAAUCUUAGGAACAAUCAAUUGACUGGAGGAAUUCCUAAAGCAAUAGCCAUGAUGCCCACAUUGGCUAUUCUUGAUCUAUCGAAUAAUUCUCUAACCGGUGGAAUACCCGACAGUAUUGGAACCUCUCCUGCCUUGGAAAUGCUCAAUGUUUCAUACAACCGGCUAGAAGGUCCAGUUCCUGCAAAUGGUGUGCUAAGAACAAUAAACCCAAAUGAUCUUGUUGGCAACGCUGGUCUCUGUGGUCGUGUCCUCCCUCCAUGCAGCGGGUACUCACCAAUGACAUCGCGCCAGAGGAGCUUACAGACAAAGCACAUUCUCGCUGGAUGGAUCAUUGGGAUUUCAUCUGUUUUAGCAGUUGUAAUCGCAGCUUUUGGUGCGCGAUCUCUAUACAAAAAGUGGUAUUCAAAUGGAAGUUGCUUUGAAGAAAGAUUGGAAAUGGGCAAUGGAGAGUGGCCCUGGAGACUGAUGGCAUUUCAGAGGCUUGGCUUCACAAGUGGUGACAUUCUAACCUGCAUCAAGGAAUCAAAUGUGAUUGGAAUGGGAGCAACAGGAAUUGUUUACAAGGCAGAUAUAGCGCGGUUGAACACUGUCGUGGCAUUUAAGAAGUUAUGGAGAUCUAGAACUGACAUUGAAACAGAAAGCAGUGGCGAUUUUGUAGGAGAGGUCAAUGUCUUGGGGAAGCUAAGACAUAGAAAUAUAGUUCGGUUAUUAGGAUUCCUUCACAAUGACACCAACAUGAUGAUAGUAUAUGAGUAUAUGCCUAAUGGCAACCUCGGAGAUGCCUUGCAUAGCAAGCAAACUGAUAGGCUGUUAGUUGACUGGGUUUCUAGAUACAACAUAGCACUCGGAGUCGCUCAAGGCCUUACUUAUCUCCACCAUGAUUGUCACCCACCCAUUAUCCAUCGUGACAUCAAGUCAAAUAACAUAUUGCUUGAUGCAAAUCUUGAGCCAAAGAUUGCUGAUUUUGGGUUGGCGAGGAUGAUGGUUCGUAAGAAUGAGACGGUUUCCAUGGUGGCUGGAUCCUAUGGAUAUAUUGCCCCAGAGUAUGGAUACACCAUGAAGGUUGAUGAAAAGAUUGAUAUAUAUAGCUUCGGAGUGGUACUAUUGGAGCUUCUGACAGGAAAGAGGCCUGUAGAUCCGGAGUUCGGAGAAAGUGUAGACAUUGUCGAAUGGAUUCGAAGGAAGAUUAAGGAAAACAGAAACUUAGAAGAAGUAUUAGAGUCGAAUGUAGGAAACUGUAAGCAUGUUCAAGAGGAGAUGCUGUUGGUCCUUAGAAUAGCACUACUUUGCACAGCUAAACUCCCCAAGGACAGACCAUCCAUGAGGGAUGUAAUAACUAUGCUUGGUGAGGCGAAACCUCGAAGAAAAAGCACAAGUAACAACGAUCGAUUUGCAAAUAACAAACCAAACCCUGUCUUUAGCACAUCACCUGUAAAUGGCCUUCUGUAGGAACAGGAAGGAAAAUAAUUCCAUUCCCUUCGGGCCGUCAUUUGUUAAAACUAAUUUUUAUUUUGUAUGUAGAAUUGUUUUUGUUAAUGUUUGUAAUCACUGGUUUAUAUUG